AUGGCCGAGGAUGUCUUAAACAAGCCCUGGCGGCCGAUGGCGUCUGGCCGCCUCACUCCAGACCAGGCCGUCCGGCUUCUCUACUUCAUGCACCCACUUUGCUUCCUCGUCGGGAUGUACGUAGGCGGUUUCGUGCCCUACGCAGUCUUGACGUUCUUUCACGUGUGGUACAAUGAGUUUGGGGCGGCCUCCAACGGAAUACUGAAAAACAUCUUCAACGGCGUCGGCAUCGGGUGCUUCUUCGCCGGGCCCCUCGAGGUCGCGACGCGCCACUCGGUCUUCUCGGGAAAUGCCGAGGGGGCAAUCUGGGUCGGACUCCUCAUGGCCGCGUUCGGCACGACCAGCCACGUACAGGACUUCCGGGACAUGGAAGGUGACAGGGCCGGCGGUCGGAGCACGAUCCCCCUCAUGAUGGACGAGAUGGCCGCCCGGGUUCUCGCGGUUGCGGGAGUGGGAUGCUGGACCGAGCUGACGUGUCGGUUUUGGCGCGCGGGAUGGCUGCAGAGGUCAGCACCGUGGGUCACCGGGGCCCUGCUGAUUGCGAAUCUGAUGUUGGACCGAACGAAUGCGGGAGACGUCCGAGCUUGGCAGCUGUGGUCUGUUUGGGUUUUGGCUCUGAUGUUGUUGCCGAUCUUUGCAGCUUGA